AGUUGUGCGUAUUUUUUUAAUUAGAGGAGUUGCCAGAGCAAGAGAUUUGAAGUCCAACUGUGCUGCUGCCGCCGCUGCUGGUUGUUGCUACUCUAUCUUACUUGUGAUGUUGGACAUGGGAGAAAGGAAAGAAAUCAAAAUGAUUCCUAAAUCAUCGUUCAGUAUAAACAGUCUGAUUCCCGAAGCCGUCCAAAGUGACAACCACCAUCAUCACCGAACGGUGCACGAGGAAGAGGAAAAGACUCCUUUACCUGCCCCAAUCCAGGAACAAAAGUCAGAGAACACUUGCGCGAAAAGUGAGAAUUCGUCCAACGACUCUUCGUGCACGGACGAGAAGGAGAAACAGGAAGACAAAAGGGACUCCAAAGAAGGCGAAGGAGGCAAAGAAGGCGAAAAGAAAAACGGCAAGUACGAGAAACCGCCUUUUAGCUAUAAUGCUUUGAUUAUGAUGGCGAUCCGGCAGAGUCCGGAGAAACGAUUAACUCUUAACGGCAUUUACGAGUUCAUUAUGAAAAAUUUCCCGUAUUACCGGGAGAACAAACAGGGAUGGCAGAAUUCCAUCAGACACAACUUGAGUCUGAACAAAUGUUUUGUUAAAGUGCCCCGGCAUUACGAUGACCCCGGGAAGGGGAACUACUGGAUGCUUGACCCCUCUAGUGAUGAUGUGUUUAUUGGCGGUACAACGGGCAAACUUCGGCGGAGAUCGACCACAUCGAGGGCAAAACUGGCUUUUAAAAGGGGUGCACGGCUUACUUCCACUGGACUGACAUUUAUGGAUAGAGCUGGCUCUUUAUAUUGGCCCAUGUCACCGUUCCUCUCGCUGCACCAUCCAAGGGCGAGCAGCGCGUUGAGUUAUAACGGCACGUCGUCGGUAUACCCUAGUCACCCGAUGUCCUAUAGCACAAUGUUGACUCAAAACAGUUUGGGGAACAAUCACUCCUUUCCAUCCUCCAAUGGCUUGAGUGUUGACAGACUUGUGAAUGGAGACAUUCCUUACGCUACACACCACCUCACAGCGGCCGCUUUGGCCGCUUCAGUGCCAUGUGGGCUCUCCGUACCCUGCUCCGGGACUUACUCGUUGAAUCCGUGUUCAGUGAACCUGCUCGCGGGCCAGUCCAGUUAUUUCUUCCCCCACGUCCCUCACCCAUCCAUGACCUCCCAGAGCACCACGUCCAUGAGCUCCAGGGCUGCUUCUUCCUCCUCCCCGCAAACGGCCUCCUCUCUCUCUUGUGACUCGUUAAGGCCUUCCCUGCCCAGUUUCUCAGCCGGACUUUCCAACGGACUUUCUGACUACUUUACACAUCAGAAUCAAGGGUCAACAUCAAAUCCACUUAUACACUAACUAACAUCCACAGGAUCAGACUGUAAGUGAACGUUUUACACCAAUUUACACUGUAAUAUAUAUAAAUGAAAAAAAAAAAAUGAGAAAGAAAGGACAA